ACUCAUAGCUGGGUACCCUUUUCAAGUUUUCGAAAAAUUUCUCGUGUCGCUAAAAAAUAGAAAAAUAAGAAUCAUUAAAGAGUUUUCAAAUAACUAAAUCACGUUUAUUUAAAAGUUUAUACCUCUAGAAAUUAAAAUAUAAUAAGAAGUAGUAUAUAAACAAGGAUAAAUGGGUGACUCAGAUGAUGAAUACGAUCGUAAAAGAAGAGAUAAGUUUAGAGGAGAGCGUGAUCGAGGAGGUGGCGGUGGCGAUAGAGAAAAAUGGCCGGAACGUGACAGAAAUCGUUCAAGAAAUGAUUUUUAUCGUCCUUCACGCUACUCUCCUCCGAUGAAACGAAUGCGAUCGGAUUUUGAGGAUCGUGGACCACCAAUGGGACGCUAUGGAAUGCAUGAAUAUGGAAUGUACGGCGGAUAUGGCAAUAGUCACGAUCCUUACGGUGCUCUCAGUCCAUAUGGUGGUGCACCAGCUCAUGGACCACGUGAACUUCAUCCUCCACCAGUCUCCGAUGGUAUGACGCAGCCACCAAUGAUGACUUUGAAACAAUUCUUGGCAACACAGGACGAUUCAAUUUCUGACGAAAUCGCCAUCACAAAGUACAACGAAUAUAAGUUGGAAUUUAAGCGUGGACAGAUGAAUGAAUUCUUUGUUUCUCACAAAGAUGAAGAAUGGUUCAAGCUCAAGUAUCAUCCGGAGAUGUCUUUGAAGAGAAAAGAAGAACAAAUUGGAUACUUGAAGAAACGUGUUGAAGUAUUUGCCGAACUUCUUAAUAAAGGCGACAUUACAAAUGUGCAUGCUGAUACCAACAACACUGAUCAACUUAUUCGUUUGCUUGACACUGUCGUCAUUAAGCUUGAAGGUGGAACUGAUGACGAUUUAAAGGUUCUCGAUGAGAAGCCUUUACCAGCUGUUGUUCCACCAACAACCGAAAAGGUUGUCGAAGAAAAGAAAGAAACUGAAGUCGAGAAAGAAGCAUCGGAAGAAGCUGAAAAAGCAGUUGAAGGUUUGACAACAGAAAGUAAAAAACGUCGACGAACUGAUUCAGAUUCAUCAUCGAGUAGCUCCAAUUCUGAUUUAUCAGAUAGUGAACGUCGUGUUGAAAAGAAAGCAAAUGGCAACGGAGUUGACGAUGACAUUAAAGAAUCGAAAACUGACGAAGCUAGUGAAGAGAAAGAUGAGAAAAUAGAAGAUGAAGACUCGGAAAUGAAAGAAAUUCCAAUAAUUGAAGAAGGAGAAGAGAAAACUGACAUUGCUGAGAUGACUGAAAAGAAAGAAAUUGAUGAAGAAAAGAAAGUCGAAGAAAUUGUGGAUUUGGUGGAAGAAGAUUCGACAUCGAAGAAGCUCCAAGAACUUCACAAGACGAGUUCGAUUUUCGUUCGCAAUUUAGCGCCAACCAUCACGAAAGCAGAAGUGGAAGCUUUGUGUAAACGCUAUGAUGGGUUCCUUCGUGUUGCAAUUGCGGAUCCAGCUGUUGAACGACGUUGGUUCCGUCGUGGGUGGAUAACAUUUAAACGAGAUGUCAACAUCAAAGAAAUCUGCUGGAAUCUGAACAACAUUCGACUUCGUGAUUGCGAACUUGCGCCAAUUGUCAAUCGUGAUUUAAGUCGUCGUGUUCGUCCUGUUAAUGGAAUUACAGCCCAUAAAACUGUUUGUAAGAAUGACAUCAAAUUAUGUGCUAAGAUUGCUCAUAGCCUCGAUGAAAAAUCUGGUUUGUGGAAAGAUCAAAUUGAAGACAAUGAAGAGAAGAAAACUUUCGGUCUUCAAUCUAAAAAUCCUGUCCUUAAGAACAUCACAGAUUACUUGAUUGAAGAAGCUGAUGCUGAAGAAGAAGAAUUAUUGGGCAUGUCAGGAGAGACGAAAGAUGACACUGAAGGUGAAUUGCUUGAACGUGAUCCGGAAUUGAUUUCAGUUCUCGACAAAAUCAUUUUUUACUUAAGAAUCGUUCAUUCGGUUGACUUUUACAAUCAUUGCGAGUAUCCAUACGAAGAUGAGAUGCCAAAUCGUUGUGGAAUCAUUCACGCUCGUGGACCUCAACCACAAAACAAAAUCACUUCAAAUGACAUCCAAGAAUACAUCAAAAACUUUGAAAUGAAAAUGUCGCAAUUUUUAGCGGCUUCAGCUGAAGUUUCAGAAGAUGAAAUGAAAAAGUUGGGAGCGAAAGAUAUCGAAGCUGAGGUUGAGAAGUUUGUUAGUGCAAACACUCAAGAUUUGGGCAAGGACAGGUGGUUGUGUCCAUUGUCGGGUAAGAAAUUCAAAGGCCCCGAGUACAUUCGCAAACACAUCAUGAGCAAGCAUGCCGAGAAGGUCGAAGAAGUUAAGAAGGAAGUUGAAUACUUCAACAAUUACCUCAAGGACUCUAAGCGACCUCAAUUACCAGAACAUCCUGGUAAUGUUAAGAAAGAAGGCAAUCAGAACUCGCCAAUGUAUCGUCAACCACACUUUGGUGGUUCGCCAAUGCCAUAUCAAGGAUUUUCUUAUGGAGGUGGACCUAUGAUGAUGCCACGUGGUCGUGGUGGCUUCUCUCGUGGUGGUGGCGGACGAAUGGAUGCUCCACAUCGUCCCCUCAUACAUUAUCGUGACUUGGAUGCACCUUCGGGUUCAGUCGAUGACAUCUUUUAAAGAACUUAUUCAGAAAUUAUUAAAACAAGAAAAGAAAAAAAACAAUUUCAAACAUUUCUCUCAUUUUGUAUUCUUUGAAACAAAAAAAAAUACAUUAAUUAAUUAAUAAAUAGAAAAGAAGAAAUCGAAAUUCAAAGA